CUAAACCUGCGACCAUAUAUCACAAAUUAUCCUCCUAAUAUUUGGUUCUCAGUAUAGAAAUCAGUUCCUCCGAGAUUUUUGAAUCAACGACUUCAGUUAGUCGGCAUUUGAAAUUGCUCAGUUUAUUCUUGGUUUUGUCAAAAUUGGUACUUAUACAACAAUAUGAUUGGAGCGACUGAGGGCGGAGACACCUUUUACGACUGCCAUAGUGACGAAGAGGAGGAUGUCGAGGAGCAAGAAAUGGCACAUGGUGACGCGGUGGUUUGCAAGCAGGCGCCCCGCUUCGACGAUCCGGUGCAGAUUCGUGCCGUUCUGGAGCGGGCAGCCACUGCCACUCAGCAGCUUCUGCGGUGCUACGGUGGUACCGACAUCCAGGCCACGCGACCAUUGAUGACGCGUUUCUACCCGGCCACACUGGAGUUGAGCGCACGCCUGCACACCGACGAUCUGUGUCCCUGCCCCAAGGAGAGGCAGUGCAAGUUGCGCGGCGAUCCCGUGACACUCAACCUGCCCAUUGAGCUGAACCCGGAAAGCGGUCAGGUGAAGGUCAACCUAUUUCAGCCCAAAUCGAUGGGAACGAUUUGCGGAUGCAAUGCACCCGUCGACAAGAGGAAGCGGCGAUCCCACAAUCGCAGUGUGCGCUGGUCCGCCAAGGACGAAACGUGCUGCUCCUGCUUCAAUAAUCGUUUUUAGAAUUGAAAAAGAUAGAUCCGUCCCUUUGAUGUUCUCAUAGUAAAGGUUUCUCGAAAUUUAAA